AACACGUAUGGAUAAAGGGAAAACGUAACACAAGCUUUGAAUGUAAAUAGGGAAUUUAUUAACGUUAUAUAUCUACGGAGUAUAUGCGCAUAGAGGGGACUGGCCAUUUAGAACAGACCACCAUAACCUCACACGGCCUCUUCUUGAAAAAUGAUCCUUCGAGUCCUACUUCUUGUGGCGCUAAUUAGCGUCACGUUGGCGCGCAAAGCACCCAACAUCCUGAUCCUGGUAGCUGACGACAUGGGCUACGGCGACCUUGGUUGCUAUGGCAAUACAACUGUACGGACACCCAAUAUGGACAGCAUCGCGGCGGACGGCAUCAAGCUUACUCAGCACCUGACGGCCGCUAGCACGUGCACGCCUAGUCGGGCGGCGCUACUUACCGGACGCUACCCCGUUAGAACAGGCAUGGCGCCACAGGGCAUAAUGCGGGUGAACCUAUGGCCGUACUCGCGCUCCGGACUUCCUGAGUCAGAGGUCACCUUCGCCGAGAUCACAGCCCAGGCCGGUUAUAGGAACGGCUUCAUCGGAAAGUGGCACAUGGGGCUACACCGUGACAACGACGGCGAUAAUAAGCACCACCCACUCAACCAGGGUUUCAACUACUUCUACGGGCUUAUCGGCACCAACCUGGAUGACUUCGGACACGAGUAUCGCGUCAUCACCAUGAUCCGUCCCCACUGGUAUGGGCAGCUGAUUUCCGUCUGGGGCGUGACAACGAUCGCCCUCUGGUGCCUUAUGAAGUUCGGCUACUUCCGGGUCACCACGUUCUUAGCGUUAUUUCUAUUGUGGACGGCCCCAAUCUAUUUUACGUACUUCCUUAUGGAUAACAUGGAGCUGUUUUGUAGUGUGUUGUAUAGGAAUUAUGAUUUGGUUGAACAGCCAAUCAGAUUGGCGGGACUGAGCCAGCGUUUUGUGCACGAGGGUCUCGAGUUUAUGCGGAACGCUACUGAUACCGGUGAGCCGUUUCUGCUAGUGAUGUCAUGGGUGCAUAUGCACGUGGCGAUUAAGACAGCGAAACAGUUCCAGGGGAAAAGCCCACUCGGUCGCUAUGGCGACGGAAUGGAGGAGCUAGAUUGGUCGGUCGGGGAGAUUAUGAAGGGUUUGAAGGACGCAGGUGUUGAGGACAAUACGCUGGUGUAUUUCACGUCCGAUAACGGUGGCCAUCUUGAACUAGGAACGGACGGAGGCUACAAUGGGAAACUGAAAGGCGGAAAAUCUCACGGCGCCGUCGACGGCGGGAUUCGGGUCCCGGGGAUGGUAAAGUGGCCGGGCCACAUCAGACCGGGUUCCGUCACCGACGAGCCGACAUUUCAGAUGGAUGUAGUUCCUCUCAUCUCCCACGUGACCGGCGUCGCCUUGCCGACGGACAGGAAGUACGACGGCAAGAAUAUGAUGCCAUUACUGACAGGGGAGAUCACUCAAUCCCCUCAUGAAUUCAUGUUCCAUUACUGCGGCAAUAAACUCCAUGCGGUCAGAUACCGGCCGGGUUCAGGGUCGCGGACAUGGAAGUACGUUACACACGAACCUCAACUGCUCCCUGGCAAAAGCACCUGCAGAUUCAUCUGCAGCUGUACUAACGCCGUUACCUUGACAACACCAAAGUUAUAUGACGUCACUUCCGAUCCGGGUGAAACGUCACCGAUAGACGCGCAGAGCGAAACUUAUACAGAUAUAUCAGAAUUGAUUCAAAAAGCUGUUAUCGAUCAUAAAUCUUCCUUAGAUCCAGUGGAAAGUCAGUUUAGCUGGUUUAAGCUAUUGCCACAAAUAAGAUGGCAACCGUGUUGCAAUGGGUCGUUUCCCUUUAACUGUGAUUGCCAGGAUCCAAAAUUUAGCUGAAGGCAUUGAUCACAAACUUAAUUCCAGAGCAAAAAAAAUGUAUACUUGAGUAAUUGUUAAAAAAAUAAAAUUGUACUUAUUACAAAUACAUUUUUGGCUGUAGAAUAUUUUUCCCUUGAAAUCUUGACCAAAGGUAAAAAUCAACAUAUUACAUGAUAGAACUCCUUUUCAAAUGUGUAAAAUCGUAUUUUAUUUUGAAUAACUUUUAAUGAUGUGUGGUAAAAUGAGUUGAGACUGUGAAUGAGAUUUGAUUUAAGUUUUUUUUCGUGAUAUUGGGGCCAGAUAAAAUACUCGUGAAUUUUUUUCACAUUUGUUAUUUUAAUUUAUGCCAUUUCUUAUAGACUUUUGUUAUCUUCAAUGGAACGUUCCCUUUCAUUGUGAAUGCAAGGAUCCAAGACUUAGAUGAGCACAUUGAUAAAAUAUCUUGAUAGAUAAAAUGAUCGUGACAAUUUACUUUUUUCAGAUGUGUUAUGUUUAUUUAUUAAUAUUAUAAGAAGUAUCAUAUCGAUAAAAAAGGACAUGUUUUAUCUGUAUUAGAAUGUUUUCCUUUAGUUGUGAUUACAAGGGUCAAACAUUUAAUUGAAGGUAUACUAUGCUUGUUUCAAUUGUGUGUGUUUCUUUCAGAUUUGUUAUGUUUAGUUAUAAAUAUU